GUAAGAAUCCAGUGUAAGAUUGUGAAGAAAGGCGAAUGAGCAUGUCAACAAUUUCUCUGUUACAUUUCUUAAGACGCCUCUAUUGGAUAAAUGAUACUGCUGUUCCUCUUUCAGAGUCUGAAAUGGUGGAGCUGACGUGUCGCUUUCCGUUGUUGAAGAGGUCAGCACCGUUCAGGGUCACCUCCAAGCGCACACAGAACAAGAAAACGAUUAACUAAAAGUCGUGGUGUUUUGAGCUGGUAGAUCGUGUUCUGUCAAAAUGAGUAUCAUUUGAAGAGUCCUGAAUUUUUUUCAUCUUCCAAGGACUUUGACGCCCAACGGGACGGCGCCAUUGCGUAUCUAGCGGUUCACGGCCUCUCUUCUUCUGUUCCCGUCUGUUUCAUUCCCUCAUUUCAGUUCGGCCUUUCAUGUUUGCUUGAAGUAAUCAUCCAUAACCGCACCCAAGAUAGUAGCCCUCAUUCCAGUGAAACUAGCGGAUUCUAAAAGCGAGAGAUGUUAUUCUUUCAAAGUGUGCGUAUGAUGUUCACUCUCUCUAGUGCGUCUUUAAUUCGUCCUCGUUCGUGGUACGUUGUCAUCGUUUCUUCUUUUGCAACCCUCUGUUGCGCGCUUGGCUUUUUGAUGCUCGAUAAACACGUAAAGGGAUAACUUCAGCCAGUGGAUGCUCUUUUCUCGCGCAUUCGCUCUCUGUCUUGCCUUCUUUGACUCUGUCUCAUGCACCUUAGAGUGGAACAUGCCUAUGGAGCAGAUGGAUCCUAUGGAACAGCAACAAUCACAUCGUGAAGGCACUCGCUGUGCCCGAUCAAUUCCGGAAGGAGACGGAAAAGGCUUACACAUUUAUCACAUGCGACAUGAAAGAUCAGCGGAUGACCGGCAUCCUUACUGCGUUGUAUGGACAUAUUUGCCCUGCUUGACUACCAUUAUUCCUCUCAUUGGCCAUGUUGGUAUUUGUACAGCUGAAGGUGUUGUCCAUGAUUUCGCUGGCCCGUAUUUUAUAAGCGUUGAUCGUAUGGCCUUCAACCGACCGAUGAGAGUUUGGCGCUUGGAUCGAGGAGGCGUGAACCAUCCUGAGGAUCCAAUGAUGUACGAUAGAGCCAUUGAGGCCGCGGACGCCCAAUUUUGCCGGAUGUCACACAAUUUAAUCUGUAACAACUGUCACCACCACGUCGCAGACGCCCUGAAUCACAUGGCUUAUAAAGGACGGAGAAAUUGGACCCAAUUUGACGUCUGGUGGCAGCUGGUGGUCCGUGGCCGAUUCUUGACGUGGCGUGACUGCUUCGUAGUUUGGUCGGCUUGGACCAUCCUGGGAAUCAUCGUUAUUUUUUGCCGAUUCGUCCUACCCCAUCUUUCCUAAUCGUAAUGCUGCCCUGAAUGUGGUUUCAACCGCAGCAGAAAGACGGGGGAAGAAAAAGCCAGCAACCUGAAAUGAUGUCUGAAUCAGAGAAAGAGCCGGAACAACAGCAGUAGACUAGGAGUUCCGUUCUUUGAAGCGUAUGUACGGCAGACCGGCUGUCUUCUCUGUACGAGAAAGCACAGCUUCCAUGAUACCCUUCAUAGGGGGUCCAUUUCUUCGCGGAUAGCUUGUUGCCGACUAGUAAGGAACGCUCGUAAAAGCUGCUUGAUUACCUGAGUUCACCUGCAUUUCGGUUCAGCCAUUGUACACGGUGUUACAUCCGGCCACCGCAAAUGUUUGUUACAGAGAUCGGGGCAGACCCCUAAGCAUCUCGUCUCCGCUGUUGAGCAGCUGAUUUCAAGCUCUAAGAUCAGGUAGUUGUUGCCUUGGCGGGGGUGCUUUCGGCAGGCAUUCACUCGUCGCGUUCGUGGGCAUUGCCAUACGAUUGUGCUUGUAGGCUCAUUCCCGUGAUGUUUCUUUCGGCGUGCUCUGAUACCCCAACCGACAGCAUAGUAGCUGCUCUAUCGAUGGAUCAUGCACAAUCACGCCAAGCCACCAGUGCCGUGUCUUGGUAGCAGAUUUGUGUCCCAGUAUUUAGCCUCAUGCUGCAACUAAUGUGCUGCCCGCCAUAUGCUUUGGACUCUACGGAUUUUCAGUGGUUGAAAUUUUUCGAAUCG